AACAUGAAGCAAACAUAGUUAAAAUUGAUAAGUGUGAUUUAGUAUUUAUAUAUUAAUGUACAUAGGAGCUUAACAUUUUAUAAGAAUUAAACGUUUUUAUAACCGUAAAACAUUUACUAUGUCAGCAAACGUACCAUAUAAAUAUGUAACUAACGCAAGACAGGUAUACAAGGCAUUAAAUGGUAUAUUUAUUGUUUAUAAACCUGUUGAAAUAUGGUUCCAUCAUGUGAGACAAACAAUAAUCAAUAACUUAUGUGAAGAUCUGAAUAACAUGCAUGUGCGUCCACCAAAAAAAUAUGUAACUAUAGAUGGAGAAACAAAUAAAAAUAUGAAAGUUUCUGUUCAAACUAGUUUGGCAGAUUACCCCUUAGUAGUAGGACCUCGUUACCAGCCAAAUGAUUUUAAAUUAGCAGUUACAAAAAUUUUGUAUUCAGAUGUAUCUGGUGUUAUAGUUUGUGGAAUUAAUAAGGGUAUUCCAAUUAUACAUAAAUUACGAGAAUCCAAGAGUAUAAGGUUUUAUAAAGUAAAAGGAUUAUUAGGACAAGCAACAGAUAAUUAUUUUCAUAAUGGAAAAAUUGUAGAAAAGUCUACAUAUGCACAUGUAAGACGUGGUCAUAUCGACAAAUUAUGUAGUUCAAUGCAAUCUUCUCAUCAAAGGAAAAUGUUUGAACACUGUGGUGUAGAUAUUCAAAGUCAAGCUGCAUACGAAUUAGCAGUUCAAGGCCCAAUUAGACCAACAAAUUCAAAUAUUCCCAUCAUAUAUACAAUUAAAUGCAUACACUUUUCACCUCCAGAAUUUACAUUAGAAAUUGUUUGCACAAAUGAAUAUGAUAAUUAUCUGAAAGCCAUAAUUCAUGACCUAGGAAUGCAACUUCGUACUACUGCUACUUGUAUGCAAAUACUUUGUAUACAAGAUGGUUUAUUUCACAUAAAGCAUGCAUUACUGCAGAAAUAUUGGACUUUAGAAGAAAUUAUAAGGAAUAUGGAAAUGUGUAAACAUGUCAUAGAUCAGAAUGAAAAUAUAUUGGAUCCAAAAAGUCCUGCAUUGGUAAAACCUAAAUAUGCCCCUAUAGAAAUGCUUACUACUGAACAAUUAUGUAAAAUAUAA